AAGUACUGUAAACAGAAACAAGAAAUAUCUUACCGAAAAAUAUACACCUACCGGCCACUUUUGAUAUAAAACCACCUCAAGUUUCAAGAAAAAAUAUCAGAAAGAAAUAUGGAGAAAGGUGUUGUUUGUGUAACUGGUGGAACAGGUUUUGUAGCUUCUUGGCUGGUCAUGAGACUUCUUCAACAUGGCUAUGCUGUUAACACCACUAUUAGAUCUCACCCUGGCCAAAAGAAGGAUGUCAAUUACCUCACAAACCUGCCUGGAGCAUCGGAGAGGCUUCAGAUAUUCAAUGCAGAUUUCGACAAACCAGAAAGUUUCAAUGAAUCAAUUCAGGGAUGUGUUGGUGUGUUUCAUGUUGCUCAUAAUGUAGAGUUUGAGGCAAAAGAAGAUGAAGAAACAAACCUCCAAGCAUCAAUUAAUGUGACCAUAAGCAUUUUGCGUGCAUGCCUCGAUUCAAAAACAGUGAAGAGAGUUGUGUACACUUCAAGCUCAUCUGCUGUCUUGUUUAGUGGCAAAGAUUCAAGUGUAGUGGAUGAGACUUUGUGGACGGAUGUAGACUUUGUCAGAUCACUAAAAUCAUCUGCAGGACCUUAUUACAUAUCCAAGACCUUAACUGAAAGAGCAGCCUUAGAGUUUGCAGAAAAGCAUGGACUGGAUCUUGUGACAGUAAUUCCUACUUUUAUUCACGGUCCCUUCAUUAAUCCUCGUUGUCCCGGCUCAGUGCGUGCUUCAAUGGCAGCAAUAUUUGGUGAUAAGAUUCUACCUGAAUAUUCUACCUGUAUAUCCAUCGUGCACGUGGAUGACGUUGCUACUGCACAUAUCUUUCUUUUUGAAUACCCGAAUGCUAGAGGAAGGUACAUUUGCUCAGUCAUUGAUAUAAAAGUUGAUGAGCUCCAAAAAUUUCUUUCAGAGAGAUAUCCUGAAUACAAUGUAUCUUCAACCAGUUCUCUAAAGCUUGAGGAUUCUAAAAGAAUUCUAGUCUCGUCAAAGAAACUCUUAGACACUGGAUUUGAAUAUAAAUAUGGAAUCGAGCAAAUUUAUGAUGAGGCAAUUGAAUGUUGCAAGCGGAAGGAUCUUCUCUAAAAUUUAUGUUUGAUAAAAGUUCCUGCAUAUUCAGCAUCUUUGUAACAGUCACACAUGCAGGAUCAUAUCCUCUAAUCGUUUGAUAAGUCAAUAAGAUGCGUUUGUAUUU